AUGUCCACCUUGAUGAUUCUGUUUGCAAUAUAUCCAAGUGGCGAAGGACAAUAUGGAACUGAAGCCGGACUUGUCGUCUACGCAUUACCAAAAGUUCAACGUGACCAGUUGACUACAGUAUCUGUUAGUGUUGUUGGUGGCUUGGAUGGUCCGACUGAAGAUUUCAAUUCAAUAGUAGCAGGAUGGCAUGUAUAUCCGUUGCUUUACAAUGAUACAGAUACUCAUUUUUUCACUUAUUGGACGGCUGAUGGUUACCGAGCUACAGGCUGCUACAACCUUAAAUGCGAAGGUUGCGUACCUCGGGCUAAGCCUUCCAAACUUCCGGGAUUUAAGAUUUAUCCAGUUUCGGAAUAUAAUGGAGUCCAAAGAGUUGUCAAAGUUAAAAUCUACAAGGAUGAGAAAACUGAAAAUUGGUGGCUGCACGUGGACGAUUCACCAAUAGGCUACUGGCCGAAAACUUUAUUCAAAAGUCUAUCUGAAAGCGCCCAAGAAAUCAAUUGGGGUGGAAGCGUCAACUACGGCGAUGACGAGGAAGGUCCUCCGAUGGGUAGCGGUCACUUUCCUGAAGAAGGCGAGAGUAGGGCAGCAGCGAUCCAGAGCAUCCGGUUCGUGAACAAACUCGGGGAGCUCUAUAACUUGACGAAAGACGAAGUUCGUUCUUAUGUCGACAGAAGCGAUUGCUAUAGGGUGGGGGAGUUUUUUGCCGAAGAGAAAGGAUUCAAGUUUUAUUUUGGUGGCCUUGGUGGAAUUCUAGGUAGUUGCGCGCACUAGCGAACUUAAUCGCAAUAAA